AUGCAGCGCAACGAGGUGGAGGCAGUGCUGACUUCUAUUGGACUCGGAUCUCCCGAUGUAUGGCACUCAUUGAGUCAAGAACUUGCAGGAAAGACACAUUUUGAGCAACCUCGCGUACCUAAAAAGGUUUUAGUGAAAGCAUUACGUUUGCAGACAGAAGCCAUACGUUAUCUGGUCACUGAAUUUGAUCGAGUACAUGACCAAAUGGCAAAUAUGGAGCAUAAGGCUCGUGAAACACUUCAACUCGUUAAACAAGUUGAUUCUAAACUAUUGACGGUUGAAAAUCAUGUUGAAGACGUAAAUACAAAGGUAGAACAUCUGGAAUAUGUCCAUUCUAAUCAAGUACAACAGGUGGAAGGAUUUGAUAGUGUAGCAGUUGAGAUCCGAGCUACUCGUGAAGAGGUUCAAAAUGUUGUCGCAAAAGUUGAAACUUUUCAUGCUCUGCAUAAUGAUUUUGUUGAACAGACGACGGAAAAAUUAAGCGGAAUGAAGGAAGAGCAUGAAAUGACAAAGCAAUUUUUUGAAAUGAAAGUUAAAGAUCGUUCAAAUGAAGAGGAACGCGAACUUUUUGUCACUUCGGAUCAUAUCUUGCAUCAUAACAUGUCGUUAGCAAAUUGGAUUGAAGCAUUUGAAAAGGAGAAUCAUCGCAAAGAUGUAGCUUUACGUGAAUGCACCGAUAAAAUGACAAAACAGGGUCGAAAUGUCCACGAUAUGAUGCUUGAAACUCGACAAAAGUUAAAUGAUAAUCUUUGUGCAGUUGAAGAUGUUCAACGAGUAUUGCUAGACAAAGCAGAUCGCAUUCGUAUGGAGAAGAUUAUUGAGACAAAAUAUGAAGAAAUGUGUAGUCAGUUGGAUAAAGCGCUUACGAAUGUACUUGAGGAGGAAGAAGAAUAUAAACGAGUGAGCCAAGAACUUCAGCAACUUGUAACGCACUUGAGCGAAAGCAAAGCCGAUAAACAAGAUUUGUUAGAAGUUAAAGUGCAAGUGCUUUAUGAUUCGCGUGUUCGUCAACAAGUUGAAAAUCUUCGUUCUUUUAUUGAUCUUAAAAUGAAUCGCGACGAUGUGUUUUCCGCUCUUAAGUCUAAAGCAGACAAGGAUGAAAUACUUGCUUUAUUGAAAAAUCUUUCAGAAAGUAUGAACGCAUCGAUUCUUCAGGCACAAAAGUCUUUAAAACUCCCUGAUAGCGCAAUUUUUACUGGAAAACAAACGGGUUAUCAUGGAGGAAGAGAAGGCAAUAAUCGUCAAAAACGAACGGAAAUGUUACCAUGUCUCAAUCGUGAAAAAUGUCUGUCUUGUAACAGUCAACUUCGAGAUUUGUCGACAACGUCUAAUGGACCCAUAAGUAACAAAAAUCCCUUUCAAUUGGCUUCUGUCUAUGGUGGUGGCUUUCAUCUUCCAAUUGCCAGUGCUUCGUACCUAUCGCCUCGAACAGUAGCCAAUAUGGCAUCAAAUGGACAGCUAGUUGAAAGUGCGAGCGAAGAGUUCUUGGUCGGUGUAGAUGGUCGCAUUUAUCAAGCAGAUCCAGAAGUAGUUGCUCAAGUCAAAGCACGAUCAUAUUCAAGCUUCAAACUUCCACAAGCUUCAGGUCCUCGAAAAGCGUUUCCUGUAACAUAUCCAUAUCAUCUAGCAACAUUCCUUCUCCUUCCAUUUUCAUAG